AACGGACGAUCCGCGCGCAAUGUGGAGAAGGUUGAGUAUGUCGUCAGUUUAAAUUCAGAGAAUAAACACGUGUUAAUACGUAACCCCUUAUUGAUUACUAUCUUUUUUAUACGACUUAUUGUUAGUAUACAGUGUAAACAGUAAAAAAAAUGUCGCGUCUUGUGAAGGAAUCGGAUGAAGAAAUAGAUGUGAAACCUGGUCGCAAAAUCCGUGCCAAUAUCGAGGUAAUAUCGGCUGAUUCUCCACUUCGUCGCAGCUCUCGAAUUAAGCCAAACGUUAAACAAAAUGAAUCUUCGCCCGAAUCGCCUUUGAGCGACUCAAGCAUCGUUAGCACUACACAAACUUCUAGAAUCACAAGGCAACGAGCUAGUGCUAUGGAAAAUUCUGCUAUCAAUGAAAAUCGACGAACUUUACGUUCUAGAAUAAGUUCUAUAUCCUCAGAUAUUAAUGAAAUCCCAGAAUCGGAUGUUGGCACACCGACAAAGAAAGCUAGAAAUAACACUUCCAAUGAUAGUAAUAAAACAAAUACUCGAAAAAGUAAACGUUUUACAAGAGCCGGUUCAGAAGCAAAAUCUCCACAAACAGCAUCAAGACUUGUUAAACGUAAUGUAAGAGCUAGAUCUGUAGGACCCGAAGCUAAUACGCCAAAUAAACAGCAGCAGGGUGAAUUAGUCAAUACACCUAUUAAGACAAGAAGACGAACUUCGAUGCUAAUGUCAGAACCAGUUGUAGAAGAAAAAGGAGAAUAUAUGAAGUAUCCAGUGGUGACAUUAGAUCGCACAUUACCUGAUCUUAUUGAAACUAGAGAAUCAGGUACAGAAAAUUCCCCUAAGACAUCAUCAAAAGACGAAUCAUUGCUAACUUCGAAAAACAAACUCAAUACAAGUCGUAAAAGUAUAAAUGAAAAACAUUUAGAAGAUGAUGUUAAGGGACCACACAACAACCCUCCAGAAAAUGUUUCUUCAAAUAAUUUUGAAGAUAUUGAAAAGGAUGUAUUUACUGAUAAGAAAAUAUCAGAUAAAAAUAUACUAGAAAGUAGCAAAACACUGCCUAUAGAUAAUACAAAUGAAGCAGAAUCCUUAAUAGAUAAUGAACCUAAAAUUCUUCCACAAAAUAAAGAUGAAAACACAUUUAUUGAAGAUUUAAAUAAUCCAAUGGAAAAACAUGAUGAUCAUAAUAAUAAAGAGAAUCUUACAACAAAUAUUGUUACUGGCUUACAGGAUAUAAAGAAUGCAAUUUCUAAUACGCAACAAAGUCCGAAACACGUAUCUAUAAAUAAUUUGAAUGCAAAUGUAUCAACCGAAGAAAAAUGCAAAUCUUCUUGCAUUGAAACAAGUGUAUCGCCAAAACGUCGUCAUUCCAAACAAUCAUUAGAAAUGGCAAAUGAAAACGUUUCUAUAAAAGAAGUUAAUGCUGGUAUAAUUAGUAAUUUACCAACUGAAGGUCUGGAUAUUUCAAUGAAUGAAGAAGACAAUUCUAAUAAUAUGCAAAACUUAGUAGUAGGUACAAAAACAGAAUCAGUCAUUGGAAGUCCAUGUAGUGAAAGUUUAGAUAAAAAUGGUCCUAUACAAGUAGUAUCUAUAAAUGCAAGUUCAAACGAUAAUGUUGAAAGUAUGGAGCUUGCAGAAGAUGAUAAUAAAUCUACAGAAAUUGGUAUUGAAUUAAAUGUAGAAUCAAAGAAAGCUUACGUUCAUGCAAGUAAUGCAAAUGUAAGCAACGAAAUGGAUGUUUCAAAUACAAAGGAAAAUACAAAUGAGAAUGAAGAAUCUGAACAAAAUGAUAUAAAUCAAUGUAUAACUAAUGAUCAGUAUGAUACGAAAAGUAAAAGUGAUAACUUAAAUACGUCAGAAAAUGUACAUGAAAAUGAUGAUAUAAGUUGUAUAAAGUUGAUUUCAUCUCCUAAAUUAAGUAACAUAGAUUCGUCAAAUUCAGUGGGUGUGAAAUCAGUUUCAGAUACUCAACAUUUAACUGUUUCGAAGCAUGAGGAUGUACCUUGUUUAAAAAACAUAAGUGAAACAAAUAAUUUAUCUCCUAAUACGAGCAAUUUGUUAAAAUCCUCGGAUGCUCAUAUGAGCAUACAGGAUUCUACAUUAAUUAAUAUGAAUGAAGCUAAUGUAACUAAUGUGAUUAAAAGUAGUGACUCUUCCAUUGUUACAGAGACUCCUGCUGAAUUUGUUGAAGAAGCACCAGAAAGAGGAGAACAGUCAAAGAAAGUUUCUGUACUGGAUGAUUCUACUGAUUCUUUAAGAUCGAAGAAACAAUAUCAAAACAAAUUAGAAUCAAAUGAAAAACAUACAAACACUAACCAAGUGACCUCUGAAGAAUGUCAAGAAAAUACGAAAGCUGAUAAUAACGAUUCUGAUACCAGUGUGUCACAUACCUUUCAAGAUAUCUCAGCCAGUGAAUGGAAAGAAAAGAGUAACGAUAUGGACAAAAAUUCUAUACAUUCAAAAACAACUGAAAAUGAAAGUGAAGCCGAAUGUGAUCUUGUUUUAGUCGAUAGAGAGGCAUGGUUAGCCGCGGAAAAUCUGAAAACAAACAAGGAGAAAAUAUCUUUUGACUAUGAUUCAGAUGAUACCGUUAUAUUAAAAGCACAUUCAGAUUCUAUGAAAGCAAAAAAUGAAAAUAAUUUAAUGGAUAUAGCAGAAGAUGAAUGUAAAUUAAAUGAUAGUAAGGAUAAAUCUCCCAAAGGAAAAAAACGGAAGAACACGAAACAAAACGAAAAUCAAGAUGAAGAAGAAAAUAGAAAUACAGUAGAAGAUACAAAAAAUAUUACAAAAGAUGUAGAAAUAUCAAUUAAUGUUGGUGAGAAUACGUCUAUGACGAAAGAUAAUAAUAAAUACUCUACUCCUAACAGUAAUAUGUCCUUCCGGAAAUCGUUAAAAAAUAACAGUUUAUCUGAAUCAUAUGAGACAACGGAAGGGGAAGAAAAUUUAUCAUUAAAUAAAAGUAAAUUGUCUGAAGAUGUCCCAAAAGGACGAAAAUCUCUUAAUAAGUCAGUGCAAGAGGCAAAUAGACUUGAAGAAUCUAAUGCAGCUGAAACUGUAAAAAAACUGAAAUCUUUAAAUAAAUCUAAUUGUAAUGAAAAUACAGUUACAUCUACUAAGAAAAAUGGGACAAAUCAGUCGUUAAAUACUUCAAAAGAAAAGAUAAAACCACAACAGUUAGAUGAAAAUUCGGAAGAGUCUGACUAUGAUUUAAAAAAAGUUUAUGAGAAGCAAGACAGCGUAACAAAGAAAAAAUUGAACAGAAAUUUUUCGACAAUAGCAAACAUGGGAUCCGAUUCUAAUGAAACUCAAAAUUCCGAUGAUUCACAAAAUAAAUUUGAAAUACCUAAGUUUUUAUUUUGCAAAACAAGCGAUAGUAACAGCGACAGUGAUAAUGAAUCUAAUAGCACUAUAGAUUCUGAUAUCCAAAAAGAAUAUAAUUUUUAUGGUAAAGUUAUUACAAAGUUUCCUGAUGAUGAUAUACAAGGAGAUGAAUGUAGAGCAUCAGAAACAGAAUCAUCAGACUCAGAUGAUAAUGGGUCAGAUCUUGCAGAUUUUGUAGUUGAUGAUGAUGAAGAAGAAGAUGAUGAUGAAAGUGAGCAGAAUAAAGAUGGGAGUAUUGAAAAUGAUAAAUUACAUAAUGAGGAGCAGACUGAAGAAGAUCAGAGAGAUGAUGAAGAAGAGAUAAAACAAGAAAUAAUUCAGGAAGAAGAACAACAUGAAAAUGAUAAAGAAAAUAUUGCUGAAAAAAAUAUAAGUAAGGAGACAGAUGCUUCUAAUGAAGAAAAAAAUACAUCAAGAAAAUCUGAUGAUUUAAGUAUGUCUCAAACCAUUAGAAGUGACAAGAAAAAGAAGAAUCUUAAAACAGAUAGAUCCCAGAUAGAAGAAAAUGAAAAGGGAGAUAAUUACCCUGAUUUAUCUUUUGAAACAAAAGAAAUGAAACAAAAGCGAAACUCUAAAGAAUUUACAGUUAAAAAUGUAGAACAGUCAUUAAAUGACUCCCAACUAAUAUUUGAUACAAAAGUAUUAAAACUUCGUAAAUCAAUAGAAUGUAGUACUCCCAAAACAAGUGUAUCUAAGCAAGAAAAACUUAAUGUCAAAACCUGUGGUGCUGAAGAAAAUGACUCCCUUAAUGAGGAAAAAGACAAAGACUUGACAUUAAAGGAAGAACAAAAUGUAAAGAUAUUAAGAAGCAUAAAAAACAAUGAAACUCUCAUGCAUAGAAGUCUUCCAUCUGAAUUAACUGACUUAGCAACAAAAACAAAUCUUUCAAGACCAAUGUCAUCUAAAGUACCAGAAUUAAACAAAUCAACAAUAGUUUUAGGGAGUGAAACACCUAGAACAAAGUACUUAAGACAAUUGAAAUUAAAUGAGAGUGCACCAAUAUUAAAUGUUAAUUUUAAAAAAUUAGCAAAUACUAGUAACAGUAAUGAACAGAAUGACCAAGGUGAAGAAGAAAUUGAAAACAAUGAUGAACAAAACACAAAAGCAGCACCGGGUCCAAAUGAUUCAUUAAAGAAAAAGCUGCUUAAGGUAGCAGAGAACAUAUUAGAAUGUGAUCAUCAAAAGAAACGUAAAAAACGAAAGCAACGAAUAAUUGAAAAUGUUACUAAGUCUACUUUAUCUGAAACUGAUUUCCCAGAAAAUAAUGAUUCAAAAUUACUAAAGACAGCUAAACAAUUUGUUCCCACUAGCAAUAUUGACAAUAAUGAUGAAACAGAAAAGGAAAAUAAGAAAAAGAGGAAGAAGAAGAAGAAAACAAAUAAUACUGAUGUGCAAAUGCAAAAAGAAUCAGAUGAACAAGUUACUGAAAUGAAAUCAAAAAGUCAAGAUGAAAAAAUACAUAACGAAAUAAAGAAGAAGAAGAAAAAAAAAGAGAAAAAAGUUCCAGAUGUUCAAGACGUUCAAGAUUUGACAAAUGAAAAAACUAAAAUAGUAAAGAAAAAGAAGAAAAAAGUUUCAGUAGUUUUAUCAGAUGACAAUAUUCCAAAUGAGCAACUGCUUAAGAAAAAGCAGAAAUUAUUAGCAAAAGAUGCUGCUUUGCAAGAUAAAAAAGCAUUGCUUGAAAAGUUGCCUAAGAAAAAAAGGGAAUUAUUCUCAGAAGAUGAUGCUUUGCAAUAUGAAGAAGCUCCACCUAAAAAGAUUCCUAAGAAAAAGCAGAAAUUAUCAAGUGAUGUUUUAGAUCAGAAAGAAAACACUUCAGUUCAAAAAUUAUCAAAGAAAAAGCAAAAGCAACUAUUAGAAAAUGUGAAGACAGAUAAUAUAAAAUAUACUGUAGCAUCUAAUAAAACACAACAGUUUCACGAUGCAGUAUCAGAUUCUGAUGAGGGACCAGAAACGAUUACAUUCUCUAAAGCUCGAGAUGAAGCGUUAAAAGAUUUAAAACGUACUGCUGAUAAUAUUAAAGUCAACAAAGAAGCGAAAAAAAAGAAACAAAGAGAACACAAUGAAAAAAUGCAAAAACAAAAGGAAAUUAAGAUCAAACAAUCAAAAUCCAAAAAUCAGGUUUCAGAAUUUAAUAAAACGGACAUACAAGAAAAAGGUAUUAAACAGCUUCCGGAUUACAUUGUUAAAAAUUUAUCGGAUGUUCCAUUAAAAUCAUCAAAAAAGAGAAAAUUAUCAGAAGAAAAAUCUUCCCUACCGCCAACGUGCAGUUUCAAGCCUAAAAAGAUGAAGAAUAUGUACAUAGAAGAUGAUAUUACUCUGCCAAGUUGUGCUGGAAAUACAACUGAAUUUAGUGUCGUCGAUAUUGAAACAAUUAAAAAGAAAAAGAAAGCUCCAAAAGCGAGUUUAUUCCGAGAAAGAAUGCUUGCGAGGAAUUCACGACAACCUAUUUCUGCUUACUUAACAUAUUUGAAAAAGCAAAAAUCAUUGGGCAAAGGAAAGUUUUAUGAUAAGCCAUACUAAACUUUUAAUUGAUAUUCCACGCUAUAUGAUCUGUAGGCAUUAUAGAAUAGUUUCGAGUAUUAGUUAGUAAAACGAUCUUUUUUUUUUACAAUGCAAUUCAGAUAAAAAUGAUUAAUAUAUUGCUUACUAUUUCCAGAAUUAUCUCAAUAAUACUGAUUAUUCUAAUGCUUACAUAUUCGCUUUUUUAUUGUAAUUUCGAAAAAUUGAAAGAUACUAAACUAAAAGUCGUUUUACUUUUGGUUUUAAUAAUUAUGGUUAUUUUUCAUCUUGUAAUUUAUUGUUAGUAUAAAAUAAUGUACCAUAUAUUUUUUAAUAUAAAGUGCGAUUAUAUUUUAGUCAAUAUCAUAUUUUUAUUGGUAAAAUGUCCAAGUAUAAAGUAUCCGUAUUAAACUUUGCUUACUUCAUUAUAGCUAAUUCGCUCUAUAUGGUAAAUUAAGAUGUAUAAAAAUAAAACAAUAUAGAUAUUCGUUUUUGUUUGUAACUCCUAAA